AUGAAGAAACAACGCAAAUCUUCAACCAGAGAUGAUGAUGAGAGGAUCGUUGAUCGAACGGCACCUCAAUAUCUUACACUCAUGGAUUCCCCUCAGUCGGUCGUGUCCCCACUCAAGACCCAUCCUCCCCGAGAGAAUAUGGAGAUCAAUUUCCAGAGCAAAGACAUUGGGGCCCACGAGGACGAGGACAACCGCCAGCUGGCGACCCUCGACGUGUACAUCCACCAUGCCCGCGACAUCCACAACAUCUGCAUCUACCAGAAGCAGGACGUGUACGCCAAGCUCUGCCUCACGAGCCACCCAGAAAACUCCGUCUCCACCAAAAUCAUCCACGGCGGCGGUCACAACCCCGUCUUCGAUGAGAGCCUCCGCCUUACGGUCCGAACCCCCAACUCCUCCCUCAAGUGCGAAAUCUGGAUGCUAAGCCGUGUCCGCAACUACAUGGAGGAUCAACUGCUCGGUUUUGCCCUGGUUCCCCUUUCCGAGAUCCUCCUUCAGGGAGGGUCGAAGCUCCGGAAGGAGUUCUCACUCUCGUCCACCGAUCUAUUCCACUCUCCAGCUGGGUUCGUCGAGCUGUCAGUUUCCUAUGUCGGGGCCCACCCGGACGUGAUCGCGAUUACUGCACCAGUUUUGGUUGUCCCGGAAAACGAGUCGAUCGCGUCCCUUGUGAACGAGUUCGACCGGAUGGAGUUCCCGGACCCGAAGGUUGCGAACGAGAAUCACAAGAUGGUGGAGGAAUACAUUGAGAUAUGCAGCACCAAGCCUGGGGAGAGCCUGUCGGCUGGGAGUGAGUUGAAGGCCAACUCUUCUGCUUCUGCUUCUGCUUCUGCUUCUGCUGAGGUGAGUUCUGAGUCUGAUGAGAAGACCUCUAAGGAGCCUGUUUUGGGCCCUGAGGAGAAACCCGAGGAGAAAAUUAGUGAAAACGGGCUGGAUGAUGCCAAGAGUGGUGGUGGUGGUGAUGUGAAGCCGCUUGUGAGUGUGAACCAAAUUGAGUCAGAGCCGAAGCUGGUUCAGCAGGAUAUAGUGGACAUGUACAUGAAAAGCAUGCAGCAGUUUACAGUGUCCCUGGCCAAGAUGAAGCUUCCUAUGGAUUACGAAAAUGGGCCGAGCAGCUCCGAGAACUCGACCACAUCGGAUCAGAAGACGCCGACUUCGAAGAACUCUGGGUCUCGUGUGUUUUACGGGAGUAGGGCUUUUUUCUGAGCGGGGGUUUGUUUUUCUGGUGGAGCGAGCUCACACAGGUGACCGUUAGGCGUUGGUGAAUUUAGAAAAAAAAAGGAAGGACAGGUGCCUAGUUUUACAGCUAGAAUGCGCCUGCCUUAUGUUAUCCCGAUGCUUCUCUCUUGUAUGCAUUCUGUACUUUUAACCUGUUUUAGAAGAUGAGUAAUAUAUAUAUGUCUUACUUGUACGUUUUAUGAGCCUCUUGUUGACGGCCGAGUCGCUCAUAGUUUGUACUGGGCACAGUUGUACUUACUCCUGUUUCACAACUUUUUAAUGUUUAGUAAUAAUAAUAAUCUUGUAUAUGGAUCCACGUUCUGUGGUGGUUGAUUAUCGGAUACUUUACAUAGGUACACUGUUUGGAUCCUGAAGUUGGCUACACUAUACAUUAUUAUUAUCACUUGUUCUCUUUCUAAAAUGGCAUCUCACAAAUCAGACAUCUGACUCCCUAUGCCCCAAGAACCAGCUUAAUUGCUCGAUUAUGAAUGAGACAUGACAAAUUCCAGCAAACACAAAAAUACCUCAUCACAAUUCACAAACAGGCCCGAAGGCCGAAGCCACUUGAACUUAUGAACUAACCAAAACCAGCCAUGCAUUUCAAAUGGGCGCCUCAACUAUCUGAUACGCCCUUGCAUGCAUAUGCCUCCUGCAGACCCAUGCUAUUCGCCCAUCAUCCCUGUACCUAACUCUCCACAACCCAAACUUCUCCGCAAUAUCCCUCCCAGUCGAGCACCCUUGAUCCCUCAAAAAAUCGAGCAACCACUGCUGAGCUGUCCCGAGCUCCUCUCUUAC